AUGGAACCGUCCACCUUCGACGACCAGAUAUUCGGUGACUUUACGAGCGACACGCUCGGUACGCUGGCAGGCGCUACCAAACCGAUCCAUGCCGGUCCAUCCACCAGCACGGUCGUAGCGGCGUCCGGCCACGGUAAUCUCCAGGUGAUGAUGGGCAUCGGCCAUUCACCGACACACGAUGGCGGCGGCGGCCGUGGUGGUACCGGCACCCAUCAACGGCUGCCCGAGGUGAACAGCAUCCUGUCCGUGUCGGGUUCGCCGAGCUACAAAACCAUCGACUACACGAACCUCAGCAAGGUGGAAUAUCACCAUCUGGCGAACGGCAAGCUGGACGGUUCGUCCUACUCACCCCCGAACGGGACACCAUCGCACCACCCCCAGCAGCAACAGCCCAGCUCGGGGCUCGGUCCACACUCGGUGCCGGGAGGCAACAAGUCGCUCGAAUACGUCAACUGUAAGCUGGAAUAUUACACCGCCCUGCCCAUCGGCCACGAUAAUCUGAAUAAAAUAGAGUUCGUUAAAACCCUAGAUUACAACGGUAACGGCCGGCUGGACUAUUCCACCUCCUCCUCGUCCUCCCCGAACGGGCCGAAAUCCAUCGACUACGGUGGUGCACCGGCUGGCAACGGUGGCAAGCUCGACUACGAGACGACGAUCGCCAUGUUUCAGCAUCCCGGACCACCGCAAGGCCCGUCCGGAUCGGGCAUGGUCGACGCAUCGAUGCUAAACAGUGGCCAAACAAAUGGCGUACCCGUCGGUGGGCCCGGCAUGGUGCCGGGCGUCGGUCCGGGAAAGCCGAGGAAAAGCGACGACAUGAACGGUGCAUCCGGAUCGUCCACACCGACCACCACGACCCCAAUGGACGGUGCUGGCAAUGGCAAGAAAAAUGAUAAGAAGAAAACGGACCCGAAUGGAAUAAAGAAGAAAAAAACUAGGACGACCUUCACCGCGUAUCAGCUUGAGGAGCUGGAGCAUGCCUUCGAACGGGCGCCCUAUCCGGAUGUGUUCGCACGUGAGGAGCUGGCCUUGAAGCUGAACCUUAGCGAGUCCCGCGUGCAGGUCUGGUUUCAGAACCGGCGGGCGAAAUGGCGCAAGCGGGAACCACCGCGGAAGUCGGCCUACCUCGGCAACAACAGUCCGUCGGCCCCGAUGAACGGUCCGAUCGGGUCGUCGUUCAGCCAGUUCCCGCAAACCGCAACCGUAACGCCACCGGGCAGUGUCGACAGCUGGUCCACCUAUCAGGCACCGUACGAGCUGGGGCCGCACAUCAAUCUGCUGUCACCGGCCGUCAGCCCGUACGGGUCGUUCAGCACCCAAUACGGUACUUACAUGCCCGAGAGCCACAUGUUCCCGGUGCGGCAGCAUUACGACUACGGCAGCCCGUCGCGGCCGGGCGAACCGGGCGGCGAUGAGACCGGGCACCAGCAUCAGCACCACAGCCACCAUCAUCACCAUCAUGCGCAUCACAACCAUCACAAGCCGGACCAUUACGCACCGACGAUGGAGGACAAGUUCGAGACGCACUGUACGGCCGGGUUGCCCGAUGGUCUCACGAAUGGAAAAUACGUCGACGACACGAAGUACAUCCACGGUGUCGACGUGCAUCACUAUCCGGACGCGGACCCCAAGUACGGUGGGUGCCACCAGCUGGACGAUCCGUCCCUGAAAGCACACUACGGUCCACCGCAACCGUCACAGCAAGCCCAACCACCGCCGUCUUCGCAGCAGCAGCAGCAGCAGCAACAAUCCCAGCCAGGUCAGUGUCAACCCGUCGGUGUGGACGAUCCCGAUGCGCUCGGUAUGGUAAAGGCCGAGGAGAAUGUCACCCACAGCUACGUACUUCCAUCUUUUUUGCCCUGA